AUGGAGCAGCGGCUGCGUGCGCUGGAGCAGCUGGUACGGGGCGAGGCUGGUGGCAGCCUAGGGCUCGACGGUCUCCUGGAUCUGCUGCUAGGGGUGCACCAUGAACUCAGCAGCGCCCCCCUGCGCCGGGAGCGUAACGUGGCGCAGUUUCUGAGCUGGGCCAGCCCCUUUGUAAAACGAGUGAAAGAGCUGCGUCUACAGAGAGAUGACUUUGAGAUCUUGAAGGUGAUUGGCAGAGGGGCCUUUGGGGAGGUUGCUGUGGUGAGGCAGAGGGACAGUGGCCAGAUUUUUGCCAUGAAGAUGCUGCACAAGUGGGAGAUGCUGAAGAGGGCUGAG